AUGGCAGGAAAUACGGUAAAUCUUCAAACCUACAUUGAAGUGGACGACCGCCUGCUUACAACGGCUUCACUCACAGACGAAGAAAUUUUGGAUUCAGUGAGAAAAACUGAGGAUCAAGAACAAGGUGAUGAAGAAGAUGAGACGGAUGAGCCUGAGCCUCCGCCGAGCAUUAAAGAAGCUCUGGAAGCAGCAAAAUUAUUGGAAAAAUAUUUCCUUUAUAACCAAGAUGCCUCAGUAUUGCUAGAUAUUAAUAAAAUAACUAAAAAAUACAACAAAAUUACUGGUGCAGCAAAAGACGUCAGCCAAAAAUAA